AUGUACUUCUGCUGGGGCAGAGGCUCCAGGGUUCCGCUGCGCCAGGAGGCUGCUGGCGGUGCGAGGCUCCGGCAGGCGGACUCCGGCGAGCGCCACUCGCUACUGCUGCUGAGCGAUGGUGCUGUCCACUCCUGCGGGGACAACGACAGAGGCCAGCUGGGCCAGAAGGGCGUGUCCCACCGGAGGAGACCAGAACCUAUUAGGGCAUUGAAAACCCUGAAUGUUGAUCUCCUGAGCUGUGGAAAGGAGCACUCCCUGGUAGUUUGUCACAAAGGAAGAGUGUUUGCAUGGGGAGCUGGUUCUGAAGGGCAACUGGGGAUUGGAGAAUUUAAGGAACAAAGUGUCAUACCUAAGAAAGUAAACAUUCUGGCUGGUAUAAAAAUAAUACAAGUUUCCUGUGGACAUUACCACUCCCUGGCGUUAUCACAAGAUGGCCAAGUGUUUUCAUGGGGAAAGAAUAGCCAUGGUCAGCUGGGCCUCGGGAAGGAGUUCCCCUCCCAAGCCAGCCCACAGAGGGUGAGGUCCCUUGAGGGGAUCCCACUGGCUCAGGUGGCUGCAGGAGGGGCUCACAGCUUUGCCCUGUCUCUCUCUGGUACUUCAUUUGGCUGGGGAAGCAACAACGCAGGACAGCUGGCACUCAGUGGCAGUAACAUCUCAGUGCAAAGCUACAAGCCUCGUUCAAUUGGUGCACUGAAGAAACUAGGUAUAAUUUAUAUCAGCUGUGGUUAUGAGCACACUGCAGUGCUCACCCAGGAGGGUAAAGUGUUCACAUUUGGAGACAACAGCUUUGGACAGUUGGGACACAGCCCCACUGCUGAGAAGAGUGGCCCACAACUUGUGGAAGGAAUUAAUGGCCUAGUUUCACAGAUAGAUUGUGGAAGUUAUCACACCCUUGCAUAUGUCUACACAACUUGUCAGGUGGUAUCUUUUGGUCAUGGACCAAAUAACACAAGCAGCUCAACUCAUCCAGAUGCCCAGACAAAGAACUUGGAUGUUAGCUGCCUGAUUUCUGCUGAUGACCUUGUGACUGUUCAAGUCAAACACAUUUUUGCUGGAACAUAUGCCAACUUUGUGACAACUUAUCAGGAUACCAGUUCCACAAGUGUCUCCAGAAAAACCCUUCCAGAAAUAAGCCAAAUUAACCAGUCCCUGAUAGAAAACUGGAUAGCAAUGAAAAAAAGAAAUGUUGAACAUGAAGCAGCUAAGAGUAAAAUUUCAGUGAUAUUUUCAUCUGCUGCUUGUCUGACUGCGAGUUUUUUAAAGAAAAGAGGAACUGGAGAAACUAUUUCCAUUGAUGUGGACUUACCGAUGGCAAGAGAAACCUUCAAUAAGUUAUCAAAGAAGGAAUGGAUUUCUUCCCUGAUAACCUCAUGUCUCAGGGAUAAUCUGCUCAAAAAUCUUCCAUUUCGUUCACCACACCAAGAUGCUUUAGAAGUUUUCCUCCUUCUCCCAGAAUGUCCUGUGAUGCAUGAUCCAAACAACUGGGAAAGUCUGGUGGUUCCAUUUGCAGAGACUGUUUGUAAAAUGAGCAGCCAAUCUUUACGAGUUGUGAGGAAAUGUUGGGCAUCUUUGGAUGAAUCCUCUCUGAACACUCUGGUCCAGAUGCUUAAAACAGCUAUCAUCUCUCAAAUGAAUCAUUGGACUGAACACAGUCAGAGUCACCAUAAUGUUAAAGUUCUUCUAGAAAUGAUGAAAAAAGUAUAUAAGGUGAACAAUGCCAACUCUCGAUUGCCUGAAAAUGCUUUCAACAUAAAUGAACUCUCCUAUUGGCUCAACUUUUGUGCAGAUAGAAGGAGACAAAUCUUUCGGAAUAAAAACCUGGUACCUGAAGAAAACAUCAGUGAAGUUAUUUUCAGUGACUUUCCGUUUGUCUUUAACUUUCUCUCUAAAAUGAAAUUAUUGGAAGCUGAUUCAUUUAUAAAAAUGCAAGAGUCACAGGAGAAAGCAUUCCAGAACUGGCAUCAAAUGGUUCAAAGAAGGAAUGAAUUCCCUUCACCUCCCACAUUUAUACUCAGAGUCAGACGGAGGCACGCGGUUGAAGAUGCUCUGCGUCAAAUAAGCCAAGCUGAAAUCACUGACCUACGUAAAGCUUUGACGGUUGAAUUUAUUAAAGAAAUUGUUUCUGUGGGUGAAGGAGUCAAGUCAGAAUUCUUCCACUGUGUAUUUGAAGAGAUGACCAAACCUGAAUAUGGAAUGUUCAUAUAUCCUGAAGAUAAUUCCUACAUGUGGUUUCCUGUCAAACCUAAAUUUGACAAGAAGAAAUAUUUCCUCUUUGGGAUAUUGUCUGGCCUCUCCUUAUUCAAUUUAAAUGUCGCCAUGCUUCCUUUCCCACUGGCUCUGUUUAAGAAACUUUUGGGCCAAAAGCCAUCAAUGGAAGAUUUAAAAGAACUCAGUCCUCUUUAUGGGAAGAAUUUGCAAGAAAUUCUCAAUGAUGAAGAAGAUGACAUGAGAGAACUUUACAUACAUUAUUCUAUAUAUUGGGACAAAAAUCAUGUUGAUUUAAUUCCAAAUGGGAAAUCUACACCUGUGGACCAAAGCAACAAGAAUGAAUAUGCUUCUAAGUGUGUUGAUUAUAUCUUCAACACUUCUGUAAAGGAAGUCUAUGAGGAAUUCCAGAGAGGAUUUUACAGAGUCUGUGACAAGGAAAUAAUUCAGUAUUUCCAGCCUGAAGAACUAAUGUUAGCAAUAGUUGGAAAUACUGAUUACAACUGGGAAGAAUUUGAAAAGAAUUCAACAUAUGGUCAAGGAUACCACAAAUCACAUCCUACUAUUCUGAUGUUCUGGAAAGCUUUCCACAAAUUAACUUCAGAUGAGAAGAGAAAAUUUCUCUUUUUCCUUACAGGAAGUGAUAGGCUGAAUGUAAAAGGUAUAAAGAAAAGUGGAAUAGUAUUUCGCUGUCCUGAAACUUUCCAGGAAUGUGAUCACAUAAGAGCAUUAACAUGUCAUAAUAUCCUGGACCUCCCCAAAUAUUCUACAAUGGAAAGAAUGGAGGAAGCGCUUCAAGUAAUCAUCAACAACUGUAGAGGAUUUAGCUCAACCAGGAAUACAUUUCAGUAA